AUGGUUGUUGAGCGACAUCGUAUCAGGUUCGGCCAACACGUGCCCAACGAUCAAGGGUACCGCUCCUACAUCAAAGACCUAGUUGAGCAAUUCAUUGAAGACGACCCCCAUAACAAAGGUCUCAGUCAAUGCGUUGCCUGCGUCGUUCAGAAUGCUGGACAUACCAGCAGAGCUGAUCAACGUGAUCACUGCACCGUUGACUUCUUUGAUCUGGCGGAGGACGGAGGGGCUGCUUUUUAUACCACCCAGCACGUACCAGCAAUGACAUUUCGCAGCUUCAUCAACAGACAGCGCCGGCGCCGUCGACACUGA